AUGAAGAAUAAGUUAAAUAUAACAAUGAUGGCUCAUAGACAAAUUACACCUGCAUUAAUUAAAGCAGGAAUUAUAACUAUUGAACGUGUACAAGGAGCAGUAGAUUAUUUAGAAUGGACAAUUAAAUUAGUGACAAAAAAAUCUACAAAUCGUAUUGAUGAUAUAGUGGUUCUAACUUCAAAUGGAAAUGAAUUACUUUCACAAAUAAAUUUAGGAAUAGAAAAAGAUCAGCAAUGCUGA